UUAAUAUUUUUUAAUUAUAGGUCAGUAAAUAAUCCGGAAAAAAUGCAAAAUUUGACAUUAACCAGGGAUACCGGCCGCUUGUCCCUUGCACAGAGAAUUUUCUACGAACGCAAUGGUUUUCUGGUCCUUCCUCGAGUGAUUCCUCAUGGCAUACUCGAUAGAUGCAGCGAAAGAUUCGAGGGAUACGCGAGCGGACGCGUAGAAAAGGGCAUCACCACCAUAAUGAGAGACAUCACGGACCGCAAGUUGGUCAACAAAAUUCAGGACAUACUGCACGACGACGUUUUCCGCGAGUACUUCGAGAACAAGGAGCUGCUCGACAUAAUCGAGACCUUCGUUGGGCCGAACAUCAUCGCGGUUCACAGUAUGCUGAUCAACAAGCCACCCGACGCCGGGAGCGGCAGCUCCAGACACCCCCCGCAUCAGGAUCUCUACUACUUUCCCUUUCGUCCAGCCGACAAAAUAGUAGCCUCCUGGACAGCGAUUGAAAAAUGUAACAGGGAGAACGGCUGCCUCCAUGUCUAUCCCGGAUCGCACCGUUCCUACGACUUGCAGCCUCAUGGGUACCCCAAAGACGUUGUCAACAAAAUGUACCACGGCAUUCAAAAUUUGCCAGAGUCGAUAAAUUGGAUUGACGUGGAAAUGGAGCCUGGAGACACAGUCUUCUUCCAUCCAUUGUUAAUUCAUGGCUCUUGGAAAAAUGUGUCAACUCGAACCCGUAAAGCCAUCUCUUGUCACUACGCGGCUAGCGAUUGCACAUACAUAGACACGAAGGGAACUGUGCAACAAGAAAUUCAAGAUGAAGUUCUGGCGGUGGCAAAACGACGUUUCCCGAUAUCAGAAGACACUACUGCUACUGACAUUUGGAAGCUGAAAUCUUCUUUAGUUCGCGGCGUUCGGUCUUCCCUGUAGGAAUGUUUCUUUUUCUUUUACAAAACAACUUGGUUUAAUUUUUUAAAAGGCAUCAAAUGAGGACAAAAACAAUUUGUGGAG